UGAACGGCGCAGCCGCAGACGGAGGGGAGGGCGAGACAGAUUACACGCAGCCAUAGCUCCUCCGCCAUUCACCGUCAACUGAGUCGAGAGGGCCAGAACCGAACAGAACCGGAGUCCGUCGCCCGUUUCCCCGUUCUCCAGCAGCUCUCUGUGAUACCCACCACUCCGCAACGACAACAUGCGUGAGAUAGUGCACCUGCAGGCCGGGCAGUGCGGGAACCAGAUUGGGGCAAAGUUCUGGGAGGUGAUCAGUGAUGAGCAUGGCAUUGACCCGACGGGAACCUACCAUGGAGACAGUGACCUGCAGCUGGACAGAAUUAAUGUCUACUACAACGAGGCUUCAGGUGGGAAGUAUGUGCCUAGGGCCAUCUUAGUGGAUCUGGAGCCGGGUACUAUGGACUCUGUCCGUUCCGGUCCCUUUGGACAGAUCUUCAGGCCUGACAACUUUGUCUUUGGCCAAAGUGGAGCUGGCAACAACUGGGCAAAGGGCCAUUACACAGAGGGAGCUGAGCUGGUGGACUCUGUCCUGGAUGUGGUGAGGAAGGAAGCUGAGAGCUGCGACUGCCUGCAGGGUUUCCAGCUUACACACUCCCUGGGUGGUGGUACUGGCUCUGGUAUGGGAACUCUGCUCAUCAGCAAGAUACGUGAGGAGUACCCCGAUCGUAUCAUGAACACCUUUAGUGUGGUGCCCUCUCCUAAGGUGUCAGACACAGUGGUGGAGCCCUACAAUGCCACCCUGUCUGUCCACCAGCUGGUUGAGAAUACUGACGAGACUUACUGCAUUGACAACGAGGCCCUGUAUGACAUCUGCUUCCGCACCCUCAAACUCACCACACCCACAUAUGGAGACCUCAACCACCUGGUCUCUGCCACCAUGAGUGGGGUGACAACUUGCCUGCGUUUCCCCGGCCAGCUCAACGCUGACCUUCGCAAACUGGCCGUCAACAUGGUGCCCUUCCCUCGUCUGCACUUCUUCAUGCCCGGCUUUGCCCCUCUCACCAGCAGGGGCAGCCAGCAGUACAGAGCUCUCUCUGUGCCUGAACUCACACAGCAGAUGUUUGACGCCAAGAACAUGAUGGCCGCUUGCGACCCCCGCCACGGUCGCUACCUGACUGUGGCCGCUGUGUUUCGCGGCCGUAUGUCCAUGAAGGAAGUAGACGAGCAGAUGCUGAACGUGCAGAACAAGAACAGCAGCUACUUUGUGGAGUGGAUCCCCAACAACGUCAAGACAGCUGUGUGUGACAUCCCGCCUCGUGGGCUUAAAAUGGCUGCCACCUUCAUUGGUAACAGCACUGCCAUCCAGGAGUUGUUCAAGCGCAUCUCCGAGCAGUUCACUGCCAUGUUCCGCCGAAAGGCCUUCCUCCACUGGUACACUGGCGAGGGAAUGGAUGAGAUGGAGUUCACAGAGGCAGAGAGCAACAUGAACGACUUGGUGUCCGAGUACCAGCAGUAUCAGGAUGCCACGGCUGAGGAGGGAGAGUUUGAGGAGGAAGGAGAGGAGGAGGUGGCCUAAAGCUAAAAUGACUCAUCAUAUCUCACCUGCUCUCAUACUAACAACAUCUGACCAUCCAUCCACUUACUUCACUCCAACUCUGCUCUCUUCUUUUUUGUUCAAGUACUCUCCUUUCUCUGUUCUCUUAUCCCUGUAUCCCCCCGUUUCCUUUUCUCUCUGUCUCUUCUCUUUCUUCCAGCCAGAGUAGAAGUCACAACACUAAAUUGUCUCUCCCAUCUCAGUGCUCAUAUGGAGGUAGAUAACACAGGUGUGCUUGUGGUGUUUUGUCCGUAACUUUCAGUUUGUGUUCAGUUAUGAUUAUUAGUCAAAAAGUACCUGGUUCAAGUAUUCAGUAAAACUGUAUAAUUUGAUCACUUGUCUAAUCUGUUAUUGGUUGAAAUAAAUUUGUUGGAAAAAUA